AUAUGGCCGCAAAACCUACAAUGGACGGGUUCUAUGCAAACUCAUCGCCAAUGCAUGCCGUUCUGACUAGGCUGCGUGGCCCUGAUAUGGACGACCACUUGCGGCUGUUUGAAGCGAUUGACUGGUCAGCCACAAGUCUGGGAGCACUCGAUAGCUGGUCGCAAGAAUUGGCAACUCAGGUUUUCUUGACUAUGCUCGUACCAGACCCUCAGUCUCUGGUUUUAGGGCCCGAUAAAGUGGUAAUAUAUAAUCAAGCUUACGGACGCCUCAUUCGAGACCACCACCCCGGCUACUUUGGACGACCAGUAGUGCAGUGGACGGAGUGGAUGCCAUAUNUCGAAACGAUGGGAGCAAUCUAUCUACAGGCUGAACAAUCUGGAAGAGCCUACAUCCGUAACACAUUUCCCAUGGUCGUGGACAGUGGUGGUUUUAAAGAGAACAUCGACUUCAGCUGUGCCGUCAUCUGUCUGCCUCCACCUCUGAAAGGAUUUCUCGGGUCUUUCAAAGAAACUACGGCGACUGUUGCAGCUGAUAGAAGGGUGUCAAUCUUACAAGACUUGGUAUCGUCAUGGAAGACGUCCUCUUCUUUGAAAGCACUUUGGUCAAACGUGCUCAAGAGUGUUUCUCCAUACCCGGAGUUGUUCCCAUUCUGCUCGUUGUAUACCACCACGCUAGCUAUACACAACGAUCCUUCAUUGUCGGAUUCAAGUGGCAACGAAUCUGACAAUCCUACCUACACGCUCGAAGGCAACGUUGGAGGUGUAGACUUGAAGUCUUCAAGGUUACCGCAAAAUCUUGAUCUUGGGACGGAGGAGGGUGGAGUGUCAUCAGAUCCUUUCAUUUCAUAUUUUCGCCAAGCUCAAACGACGAGAGCUCCUGCAUUUAUCAAUGAAACCGACAUACCGUCAGGAUGGCAAAGUAUUGCACAGACUCGGGGUGUUGGCGAAGCUUGUCGAGGAGCUGUAGUCUGUCCCAGUAGCUCUAACCAGCUAAGCCGAGUACAAGCUNUUUUGGUCUUCGGCCUGUCGACUCGCGAUGCUUACAACGAGUUAUAUCAGGAAUGGGUAUCUCGACUACAGCGAGAGUUUGCCGAUGUUGUGGCAUCGAUACUUUCAACGCAAGAAGCAGCCAGGAAGAAGAGAGAGACGGCAAGGAGACUGCGUCUUGAGUCGGAACUGGUGAACAAAGAGCUUGCACUCCAAAGAAAAGAAGCAGAACUUGCAGCACUUCGAGUCGAAAGGAUCACCAAGAUCGUUGGUUUGGCAAAUGUAGCGAUCUUCGAGCGCGACUUGAGUGGCCGGCUUGUAUUCGCCAAUGUAUGUUCGCUUGCUAUCAUAAACACAUGGAGACUGACACGUGCAGNNGAUGCCUUCUACAAACUCGUGGACUUUGAUGAAAACGCGGAUGCUGGGACAUCGUUCCUUCCAUGUGAGCAUUGGAAUGCCCUGCUUCAAGGAGAGUCACGAACAUUUGAAACAAGGUGUCGAGAUGGUUGGGGUCUUUGCAGCGCAUUACCGACAAGAGACAAGAACGGUAAAAUUGACGCUGUGAUUGGAGUGGUCACCGACAUCGAAUCACAGAAGCGGGCUGAACGGGAAGCCUUCGCGAAGCUAGAGGCCUUGGAGAAGGCACGAAUAGCUGAGCGUCGAUACUUCCGGUUUAUGGAAAUCAUCCCAAGCGGUAUCGCCGUGGCAAACCACGCUGGACAGAUCACAUAUGCUACGGAGGCAUGGUAUGAAAUGAGCGGACACCCGCACUGUGAGUUCAGCCAAAUCAGGUGGCAAGAUGUCGUCCACCAAGAAGACCUAAAGCUCCUCGAGAGUAAAUUUUACGAGCUUUCGUGCGGCUCACAACCACUGGAAUUCCAGUUCAGAAUGCAGAAACCUUGGAUAAAUCCAGCAGGCGAAAAUUGCGGCAGUAAGUAUCUUGGGGCAUGCCACCACACAAAGUCGCAUGAUGCGAUGAGCUCCUGCAGACGUUCAUGCAGUCAUGUUGGCUCCAGCGACUUUGUGGGGUGGCAGUUUUCUGCUAUCGACUGCAAGCAACAUGCUAAUGAAGAACUUUUAUCUAGGCNNUCCUGGAUGCUCUGUAAUGCGCUUCCCGAGCUCAGAGAUGACGGCUCCGUCGAGCAGGUCGUCAGCUCAAUCACGGACAUCUCACAUCUCAAGUGGGCCGAGUCAGUCAGCUUCAACCGCGUUGAAGAAGCUAUCGAGAGCAAAAGACAUGCCCUAGCUUUCAUCGACAUGACCAGUCACGAACUGACUAUGUCAGNNAUUCGAAAUCCGCUCGGUGCCGUGAUUCAUUGCGCAGAUAGUGUUUCGGAGUCAUUGACAGAGCUCAAGAAGCUGCUUCCCACCCGAACAAAACAGAGUCUAGAAGAAGGAUCAGCAAAAAACCAUCAGCACCUAACACAGCUGGUCGAUGCAGGAAUUGAUGCAGUCCACACCAUAUUGUCGUGUUCGGAGCAUAUGACGAACAUAGUGACUGACACUCUAACCCUCUCGAAACUUGACGCCAACCUACUACGGAUUAGUCCAUCCGCAGUGCGAUGCGUGUCCAUACUUCAAGACAUCCACAAGAUGUUCGAAGUCGAGGCUAAGAGACUGGGAGUCAGCCUGAGCACGAUUGCCGACUCAUCUCUGGAAGCGCAAAGUGCCUCAUGGGUGGCCAUUGAUCCAGGCAGAGUCAUGCAGGUCUUGAUAAAUCUCGUGAGUAACGCCAUCAAGUUCACAAAGACAAAGAAAAGCGGGCCAAAAGACGUGAUGGUUCGCGUGGGUGCUACGAAAAAUCGUCCGUUGGACCUUCCGGUCGAUUUUACCAUCGCGAGAGCACUUCAGGACAGCAUCUACGACACAGCCGAAUUUUCGGAGAAUACCUGUCAUCUCUGGUUUACUGUCCAAGACACAGGCAUUGGGAUGAAUCCAGAAGAGCAGAACAGAAUCUUCUCACGAUUUGCCCAAGGCUCAAUCCGAACGUACAAAACGUACGGAGGCUCGGGACUCGGCUUGUUCAUUAGCAGGACGCUUUCGGAACUCCAGGGCGGUGAGAUAGGCGUUUCCAGCGAACUCGAUAAAGGUUCCAUCUUUGCAUUCUUCGUCAAGGCACAAACGACCUCGCCACCGCAUAUGCAGGACGAUGGCAAAGAUAUAGCUAGGCUUCCGAGCCCGGCAGCUCAAGUGCUUGGUCCAGGAAAGAUACCAGUCAGCGUGUUGAUUGUCGAAGACAACGCCGUGAACCAGCGCGUGCUAGAAAGAAGCCUCAGACUCAAGGGCUACGUAACACACGUCGCAAAUCAUGGACAGGAAGCGCUCGACUUUUUGAAAACGACCAGACUUUGGAAGAGCAAUGCAGAUGAUCCUUCUGCGCCGAAUAUAGACGUUGUCCUUAUGGUAAGCUCUACUCUAUACAAUUUCUAUAUCAACAUCAAACUCAUACUCUUUCCUUCAGNNGACGUAGAAAUGCCAGUCAUGGAUGGCCUAGAAUGCGCAAGAAGCAUUCGAAACCUUCAACGCCUAGGCGAGAUGAAGUCCAAUUUACCCAUCAUAGCCGCGUCGGCAAACGCAAGGACUGAACAGAUACAGUUGGCUCUACAAGCAGGAAUGUUGAUACCCAAGAUCGAUUCAUUCGCCGCUUGGGCAAGAGCACAGGGG